AUGUUAAAAAGAAUCGGCUUAAGUAAAUUAUAUUGUCUUCUUUUCCUUAUUUUAUUCAAAUUAUAUAACGUAGAUGCAAACAUCGCGCCGUACAAAAAUGCUGUUUUACUUUUGGGUAAAAAUAGUUUAAUUUUUUGUGCAGCUGAUGAUGGGGGAUUCGAAAUGCGAUCCUACUUAAAUAAUAUUUGUCAAACACCCAAUCUAGACAAAUUGGCGAAAGAAAGUUUAUUAUUUAAUAAUGCAUAUUCAUCAGUCAGCAGUUGUUCUCCUAGUCGUUCAUCUUUACUCACUGGUUUACCAAGUCAUCAAAAUGGAAUGUAUGGUCUCCAUCACGGAAUUCAUCACUUUAAUUCAUUUAAAACUGUUCAAAGCUUGCCAAGAAUAUUGAAAAGAAAUAACAUAAGAACAGGUAAAAAACAUGUAGGUCCAAACAGUGUAUAUCCAUUUGAUUUUUCCCAAACGGAAGAAAAUAAUUCUAUACUUCAAGUUGGCAGAAACAUUACAAAAAUUAAACUUUUAGUCAGAGAAUUUCUCUCCCAGAAUAAAACAAAACCCUUCUUUUUGUACAUUGCAUUUCACGAUCCUCAUAGAUGUGGUCAUACACAUCCGGAAUACGGAAAUUUUUGUGAAAAAUUUGGCAAUGGAGACAUUGGUAUGGGUACUAUCCCUGACUGGUAUCCCAUAUAUUAUCAGUGGGAACAGGUAAAAGUUCCAUAUUUCGUUCAAAACACCGAAGCUGCUAGGCGAGAUAUUGCUGCUCAGUAUACUACCAUUUCUCGUUUAGAUCAAGGCGUAGGAUUAGUUUUGAAAGAACUAGAUGAUGCUGGUUUUAAAGAUAACACGUUAGUGAUAUACACAUCUGAUAAUGGUAUACCAUUUCCAAAUGGUAGAACAAAUUUAUAUGAACCAGGAUUAGCAGAACCUAUGAUGAUUAGAUCACCAAUUUCUAAUCAUAGAAAAAAUACUGUAACACACAGUUUAACAUCUUUAUUGGACAUUGUACCAACAUUAUUAGAUUGGUUUAACAUACCAUAUAUGGAUCGAUUUUCAUUUGAUGCAAAUGAAGUUCCUCCUUUAACUGGAAAAUCUCUCCUUCCACUCCUCGUUCAAGAACCCACAGAAAAUGACACAGCUGUUUUUGCUAGCCAGACACAUCAUGAAGUUACUAUGUAUUAUCCCAUGCGUGCCAUUAGAACUAAAAGAUUCAAGCUCAUACAUAAUAUUAACUAUAAAAUGCCAUUCCCUAUUGAUCAAGACUUUUAUGUCUCACCAACCUUUCAGGAUAUUUUAAAUAGGACUAAAAACAAACAACACCUUCCAUGGUAUAAAACGUUAGAAAGUUAUUAUGAGAGACCAGAGUGGGAAUUAUACGAUUUGAAAUAUGAUCCAGAAGAAAAGAACAAUAUUGCUUCUAAAUCAUCUGCAAGAAAAAUAUUCUCAGAUUUACAACAGAGACUGUUAAAAUGGCAGGAAGUAACCAACGAUCCCUGGCUUUGCGCACCCAGAGGAGUUCUUAUUGAAACUAAAUCGAUGAUUUGUUCGCCGAGUUCUCCACCGCUUUUAGUUCCGUUGAUAUUUCAUUCAUCUAAAGUUCAAACGAGUCGAUUAAAAUUCGAGAAGCGAACACGAGCGUCGUGCGUGGGUCAUUUAGAAACGUCUUACGUAUUCUUUGUAUCCCAAGUAUCGGUUGUACUUCUGAUGGUUAUUGUAAAUUUGCUUCACUUGUAUCAGAAAAACGAGGCACAGCAGCAGACCACCAAGCAACACGAGCAAAUUCGUAUUUUGAAAGCUGCGUAA